AUGAAGACUAUGGAAUCGUGGGUCCAACAGUCGGAUAGGGCUCAGGCGCACGGAUACGCAUGGGAGUUGAUGAUGAUGAGCGUCUUUACCGAGCCACACGAACUCUUGAUUACCUCUCAGUGUGCGAAACUCGCUGGCAAUGCGGUGAUUAUUGGUCUGGAUGAGCAGGCACUUCAGCGCGGGAUCUUUCACGAACACAUCUCGAUAGAGGGCUUCAUGGACGCCCAUGUCAACACCAACUCAUUGCGACAAGGCCAGCCUGUCCCUCCGUUCUUGCUGGAGGGAAUUCUUGUCAAAAAGGAGAUCCUUGAGCGAUAUGGUAUCAUCAUCUGGGUUGUCAGGGGGGAAGAAGAAGUGUUUGCCCGAGAUAGCAGGAAUGAGUUCCUGGGCCUCGUCAGUGUCGAGGAUAUCAUCGUCGAAGGAUCCACAUCGUACUGGCGUGAGGCUAUCAAACGUAGACUCAGCGCACUGUCGCCAAGGACCCAACCAACCAAGUACGCGGAUACCGUCGAACUCAAGCACGUCCUCAAGCAGAUUGUUGUUUAUCGAGCCUCACUGGGACUACCAUGGAGCAUGCGAGGAGAGGAGCCGAUCCUGGUCGAGAGCGCUCUCGGCCGUCUCUGCAUUACUUAUGGCAAGGCAGCAGCUGGGAAGAUGAUCAGCACGGUUAUUGACGAGCCAUUCGUAUUCCAGGCCGCCUACAACUUCAUCUGGGAAGAGGACGAUGAGUUCUACAAACACUUCACGGAGCAGUACAAAGACUUAGAGGAUCCACGAUCUGAUUGGGAGAUCUUUGAGCAUCACGUGCCCUAUGACCUGAUCUAUGCCUUUCACAAGAAACAGCUCAAGCAAGAACUGUUCUCGAUCCCCAAUGCUGCCAAGCACCGGCCUAUGAAGAAACUCAAGACCUUUGUCCCACAGUUCGAGCCUGUCUCCUGUCCCAGGUGUUUUUUUUUCGAGCACCCAGCAACGAUCGUCGGAUGGGACGAUUAUAAGUCGGGAUAUGUAAGCAUGGAGACCUUCACCAUGGGUGAUUUUUUUGAGGUGAACUACAAGCAUGGCUCGAGAAGAGGCGAUUCCAUGGUAUCACCCUUUUACUAUCCAGAGCCGCCUCCGUCAGGUCCGGAUAUCGUCUUUGUGCUGCGAAUCGAUGAUCAGCUCUACCCUGUGUUUGUCCAUAACAAACCCCUUGGCGAUAUCUUUCCAGGAGACGUGGAGAAAGCUCGACUGGCAGCAUACGAGACCAGGCUCAAGGCUUAUCUACCGAAAUUGGCCACGUACUGCCCUGGUGGAAAGUACCUGAGCCUGAUCUACGACCACCCUGCGAUUAUCAAGACGCCGCGCGAGGGCUGGAAUAGUGGCGAUGUUUGGGAUUUAGAGUCUUAG